UCCUGACUACUUUUCGCCGUUUCUUGACGACAUCUCCUCAACUUCGACUUCUAUACUCGACCUUUUCGCCCAACAAACACCCCCCGAAAUUUCUUAUCGUUACUAUACAAAAUUCUCCAUAUCCGAGUGAUCCUUCUCAAAUGCCUGUUUGCCGACUUCGACCGCAUCAUAGCCCCCCUCGCCUCCUCUUUGCGACGCGCUGAUUAGGGCACCAUUAUCAUCACUAAAUUUAUAUCAAGAAACGAUAUAGAUCCCUUAGAAACGAUGGCACCUAGCCCGAGAACACCACGGCAGUCCGCUCUUUCGCGCCCCCGUGGUCGUCCUAAGGGCUCUAUCAACACAGUGCGACGCGUUAGGGACGGUAGCAUUGUAGCUGCUACUGAACCCCCUUCAAAGCGUAGACGAUACACUGCUAGUGCUUCUGGUAGUGCUAGUAGAUUUACGGACCAAGCCGGCAACGAACAAGUCGGCACACCCGUUGCGACUACUAGUCGUUCGAGAGCACGGCACAGUUUGCAAAACGGUGCGGCGUCCCCCGCUAUCUACCCCAGGCGUGAACGUAGUACUCGUACCCGUACCGCAACUCGAGUCGAGGCAGACGAUGAGAUGCAAAUAAGUUCUGCAGCAGCAGUGGCUGCUGCUGUUGUGCAGAGUGAAGGUUAUAAACCUAGAGAGGAGCGCGGCUGGGAGGAGUUUCACCCGAAUCUCGAUAUAGAUGCCACGUUUAUGCUAUUUCACGCCGAAGAUGUCGACGGAACUGCGAAACUAAUACCGGAGACACCAUCAGCGAAGAUUAUUGGCAUGGAUUAUAAUGACACCAGUAGCCCGUCGAAGGACCCAAAUGCGGCAUCUACAUCUCUCCUAAAUACGCAAAAUGUCACGAAUAAUACUACACCUGUCGGUGCCCUUUUAGUAACCCCAUCUAGAAGGCGUGGCAGUCGACUACCUCGCGGAGACUCACUUUAUGCUACUCGUGGGGAUCAGCAAGUGGCGCCGAACACACCCACGCCUCUGCCUAUUCACGGUCAGAAUACUAAGGAGAAGCUUGACCUGAAACAACCUUCAUAUCGUAAAACUGACCGCAUAUUGCUUUUUGAGAGCAAAAAGUUCGGCCAGGCUCGAUAUGUUGACAAGGCAAUGAUGAACGUCGGGUACCAGGAGAGCGACAACUUCAUUCGGCCUGAUAGAAAACUAAUUAAAGCAAGCGAUGCUAAUAUUGAGGAUGAAGCCGAACAGGCUGCUGUUGUUAAGGCUGAUGGAGAAUCGGCGCUUCAGCCGACCAAUGUGCUAGGUCGCGUCGAAUAUGACAUGGACGAACAAGACGAUAUGUGGUUGGAGUCGUACAAUGCACAUAGAAAGUCGCAGGGCUGGAACCCGGUCACUCGUGAAGUCUUCGAAAUCACCAUCACCAAAAUUGAAAAAGAGUGGCACGCCUUAGAGAAGAGGAUCCCGAAGCCUAAUCCUAAGCCGCCGCAAACUCACAGGCCUCGUUCCAGCUCCGCUGCAGCCGUAAAUGGCGAGCCGCAGGCCGGGGAAGAGCAGGACAGUAAGUGCGCGAUUUGCGACGAUGGGGAUUGCGAGAAUACGAACGCAAUUGUUUUUUGUGACGGUUGCGAUCUCGCAGUCCACCAGGAGUGCUAUGGUGUUCCAUUUAUUCCGGAGGGCCAAUGGUUAUGUCGUAAAUGCCAGCUUAUUGGUCGUGGGAUCCCGACAUGUAUAUUCUGUCCCAACUCUGAUGGUGCCUUCAAGCAGACGAAUUCCUCUAAGUGGGCGCAUCUGCUCUGCGCUAUGUGGAUUCCAGAGGUGACACUGGGCAACCACACCUUCAUGGAACCCGUCAUGGACGUGGAUAAGGUGCCUAAGAGCCGCUGGAAGUUGACCUGUUACAUCUGCAACCAGCAGAUGGGUGCCUGCAUACAAUGCGGUAACAAGGCAUGCUAUCAGGCCUUCCAUGUGACAUGUGCUCGCCGCGCCCGACUAUUCUUAAAGAUGAAGAAUAGUUCAGGAGCUUUAGAUGUCCUCGAUGGCAGUACAAAUCUAAAGGCGCUUUGCGAUAAGCACUGUCCUUCUGAGUAUGCCAAAGAGAAUGACGUAGUUCGCGCUACCAAAAGAGCAAAAAAAUACUAUAAGAAGACAAUGAGCGACCGGAUCUGGGCUAAUAGUCAAGCUAAAGCUAUGUCUAUUGCAGCAUCACACCGGAAUGCAAUCACCGAACACCCGCCCGAUGAGUCGCAAAUGACUGGGGUGAAGCUAUCCGCCGUCCUUGGGGAUAAGAAGGGACAGACAGGGAAGCCGAUAUGGAAGCUUCCGUCUGGAGCUCCCGUGAUACCACAGGCCGUCUUUGAAAUCGUCGAAGCAUCGCUACAGCGAUUCAAUUUCCUCAAGCGUAAGGAGUUUGUGAGCGACGCAUGCCGUUAUUGGACAUUGAAGCGCGAAGCGCGCCGUGGUGCUGCGCUCCUUAAGCGUUUGCAGUUACAGAUGGAAUCUUUCUCCUCUAUGGAGCUCACUCGACGCAACUUUGCAGCUAUGGGCCCUUCCGGAAUAACUCGCUUGAAUAGGCGAAUCGAAUUUUCGGACACUCUCAUUAAAGACUUGGAGCAGCUCAAGGCCCUGUCGGAGGCCGUCGUCCAAAGGGAGCAGAGCAAGCUCGAGGCCGCGGAGAUGGAACAGGAAUUUGUCGACACCUGUUACUUUCCUAUUCACAAGAUGCUUCCACCAAUUGUAGAUAAAGCUAUCACGCUUGAUAAGAAUCUGUUUCACGACGGACUUAUUAAGUUGUCCAAUAGAAUCGAUGAUAGAUUCUAUACCACGACGUUGUCAUUUACCCACGAUCUCUGCGAGGUCAUCAACGUCGGCGUGAACACGGAGCCUAAGUUUGAGCCCGAGUCGCAACAAAAAGCUGGACCUGUCACCCCAGCGGUGUCUAAAUCCGAUUUUUCUGAUUACAGGGAUAGGAAAAAGCUUGGUAAAAGAAUCCUUAAGUCGGUUCAACCACAGCUAGAGACAGCGUUGCGUCUUGAGUCGGAGGCAGCCCAUAGACCGUUCGACAGUAUGAGGCAGGAGCUAGAAGUCAUGAUGGAGGCAAGCCUGGAACUGCGACAACAGCCUGUUGGACAAGACAACGUGGAGUCUGAGCGAAGUCAAGAUGUCAUCAUGGUUGAUUCGUCAGCUCCAGAGAUCACCGUUGGCGGCCAAACAGACGGUUCUACCACUGGAGGGCCCUCGGGCGACGUUCCUAUGGCUGAAGCUGGCGUCCAGUAUGAGGUCGUCAGCGGCAAUGGUAAUAUUGAAGUCAACACAUCCAGCUUCGACGCGAGCGAUGAGAUGGAAGGUGUUCAACCGACUAGUAAUGAAGUGUCAAUGGUCGAGCCUAAGCAGGAAGCAAUACCGAAUGACGGUUUGCAAGCAAUAGAUACGCCGCCAGCAACUAACGGCUACGUGGGUGCAGGACCUUCGCUACAACCUGCGCCGCCUACUCCACCCCAGUCCAACGGUAGUUUAGGCCGCCAGCCCACUGACCCUCUCACCGACGGUGGUGUUGUGUGGUACUUGCAGGACUUUGAGCCUGAAGGAGCGUCCGCGAUCCAAGACCAGUGGCAAGGCAGGGAUGCUGCCCGUAGCCUUAGCGAGGAACUUACCGAGAUCGACGAAGAUGAGCUCAAGGGGCUAGGGGUCGAGAUUAACGAAGAUAGCAUCACGGCAUCACCGGCCAAUACUACCGAGACAGCAGAACCCGCCGCCGUCAGUGCCCCUAGCCCUACAAAAAAGAGUAACGCCAAGACGAAAAAGCGUAAGACGCCCUACCGACGACGUUAAUGCGGGGGUUAUUUAAUACUGUAUCAUAGCUGUGCUUUUAGUUCUACCACCCCCUUUUUAUAUUUUCUUUCUCUUCAUUUCUCCCUACACUGUAUUUGCAGACUUAAAGUAGCCAGCUCGGACUGGAUCGCAUCAUUAUUCAUCAUCCAUCGUCAGUUUCACAGCACGCGCGCGAUGAGUUAUUUAUAUCUAGGGAAGGGGAAUGAAAUGAUUCUUAGGAGUUCGAGGGGAGGAGGGCCUCUGGUACAUACCAACUUUUAUUUCUGCGAAGUUUCUUUUUUUUUUAAUGUCUAACAGGCGUUUGAGAAACGGAAACGGACCGGACGGCCGUCUUAUGUUGUGCCUGCGAAGGAUUUCUUUAUGUAUUGCUGUCGGGUUUUAGUUUAAGGUCUUCGAGCCUGCGGAGGGACUAACUGCCUGCUGGGUCUGCGACGACGGCGCUACGAUUGAGGCAGAUGCUAGGCUGAGAAGAGACCGAGGCUUAGUCCCGUAUAUUCUUGCAAUUGAGUGUUUAUCUUAUUAACUCCUCAUCUUGAGUCAGAAUGAAAGUGGAUUGGUUCCUUGGGAGGCGUAGGUAAUGUUCAUGUUUACCUGGACAUGUUUGGUAGCAUUAUAGCGAAGGACGUUGACGUUGCGCGCUCUGAAAUUGGUAAUAUCAAAUAUGUAGAGACCAAGCCACGC